UGACACUUCAUUUCGAUUUCGUCAAAAAAAUUACGGAUUUUCGGAGAGAAAUGGGGAAAAAAGCAAAGUAGGUAAUAAUGACGGCACGGACAAAAAAAUAUGUAAAGCCGAGCGACGAUCUGAACUGUGAACUGGCUACUACCAUCCUAGGCCGGCGGCAAUCCUCACCAUACCCGUAUCCAAGCCUGUUUUUGCAUUCCAGUCAGUCGAGUGCUCACAAGUUGAUCAGGAAUAGGAACUUCUACAGUAAUAGAAAAGAAAACAGGAAGGAGGGCAUUCAUAUUAUUAUCCAGAGGAGACAAAAAAUCCAUAGACCAGUUGCAACCGGGAAGAAUUGGAAGCUGUCCUCGAGGAACUCUUCCCGGAGGCAGAAGAAAUGUAUUCGGCGGUGAAGCCGUUGUCCAAAUAUUUGCAAUUCAAGUCGAUCCGAAUCUAUGACCCCGUCUUCACCAUUCACUCCAAGUGCACCGUGGUCAUCCUGUUGACCUGCUCCCUGCUCCUAUCCGCUCGCCAGUAUUUCGGCGAUCCCAUUCAGUGCAUCAGCGAGGAGAAGAAUAUUGAGUAUAUCCAGUCGUACUGCUGGACCAUGGGCACCUACAUCCUCAAGCUGGACAACUACAGUGAAAAGCAGCUGCAGUUGCCGAAGCCGCCAGAAAGUCCAGAGUCUGAAGCCGUGACUUCCUCCUCCUCCUCCUCCGGCUCUGCCGCCCAGACCCCUGCCCGGUCUAGGACGAGAUUCAGGUCGCGGGCGAUAUACAAUCUGCGGCGCUUGUCGGACUACAACGAGGCCUAUGCCCGGGCCAUGUCCAUUGCCGAGGGCGUAGGUCCCGAGAUCCGGGGUCAGACACAGCGAGAAUACCUGCGCUACUACCAGUGGGUCAUCAUCCUGCUGCUCUUCCAGUCGUUCGUCUUCUACUUCCCCUCAUGCCUGUGGAAGGUGUGGGAGGGUCAGCGCCUGAAGCAGCUCUGCUCGGAGGUCGGGGAGGCCCUGCUCUCGGAGGAGACCUACAACACCCGGCUGCGGCUCCUGGUCAAGUACUUCACCACCGACUAUGAGGACAUGCACUUUUGUUACAUGGCCAAGUACGUGUUCUGCGAGGUCCUCAACUGCUUCAUCAGUAUACUCAACAUUUUCGUACUGGAUGUGUUUCUGAACGGAUUCUGGACCAAGUACCUGUACGCCUUGGCCACGAUUCCGUUCUACGACUGGGAUCGUUGGAACCGUGUCUCCUCCAGUGUUUUUCCCAAGAUUGCCAAGUGCGAGGUCCUGAAGUUCGGGGCCAGCGGAACGGCCAAUAUCAUGGACAACCUCUGCAUCCUGCCGUUGAACAUUUUGAAUGAGAAGAUCUUCGUGUUCCUGUGGGCCUGGUUUCUGCUCAUGGCCCUGAUGUCCGGUCUGAACUUGGUGUGUCGCCUGGUGAUGAUUAUCAGUAAGACCUUACGGGAACAGAUGAUCCGAAGCCAGUUGAGGUUCAUGAAGAAGCGGCAUGUGCAGAGGGCGCUGAGGGAUCUGACGAUUGGGGACUGGUUCCUGCUGAUGAAGGUCAGUGUGAAUGUGAAUCCGAUGCUGUUCCAGGACCUGAUGCAGGAGUUGUGCGAGUUGCGAACCUCCUCGUCGAGCAGUAUUGUCGAGAGCCAAGUCUAGAAUUUGUAUAUCCUUUGGGAAAAAGGACUUGAAGCAUGAACAGGAUAAGUAAAAGGAGAGUUGUAGUAUCGCCGGAAUCAGGAGUCGCACCUCCACUAGGAGGGAUCAAACUCUUAGCUGACGUCGCCGUCGUUUCUUCACUUUCUUUUUUUGAUUCAUGUACCUGUGGAUAUAUACAUAUAUAUAUUUCUCUCUCUACUUUUUUCCCCAAACGAUUUUAUUUGUUUCUCCAGUAAGCUCGAACAAAAAAAGGAUUAUAUCAAAAAUUCUUAUGCUGUGAGAUUACAAAUGAUAUUUGUGAAAUAUUCAGUUUGGUAGUAAGAGAGACUUAAUUAAUUGUGAAGAUCUCAUUUUAAUUUUAUAUAUCCCAGUGCCUAACUUAAAAUAAUUACAAAAGUCUGUAAAAUCUAUUGUAUUUAUAGCAUAAAAAUUAAAUUAUUCUGAAAUCAAAA